AAUCAGAUUGGGACAUCUGUUCCGAGCCGAGAGGCGAGAGGGGUUGCAUGAUUUCAGUGAAACGGCACUAAGGGGGAGUCAGCAGUUGCUACAAGCCGAAGAGCUGUCAAGGCGACUUAAUAUUACUUACUUUGUUACUUUUUUUUACGGUCGUUUGACGGGGUGUGCUCGUCGCCAUGACUGCCUUGUCGCUGCUCUUUUUGGCCGUGUCGGCCGCUUCUGUCCUGGCUGAGUCCACUGUGUAUUUUCGAGAGCAAUUUGAAGACGGGGAUGCCUGGAAGAGUCGCUGGGAGGAAUCAAAACACAAAACAGACUAUGGCAAGUUUGUCCUGACUGCAGGGAAGUUCUACGGCGAUGCAGAGAAAGACAAAGGUUUGCAGACGAGCCAGGAUGCCCGCUUCUACGCGCUGUCCUCCCGCUUCGAUGACUUCAGCAACCAGGGCCAGCCUCUCGUCAUCCAGUUCACCGUGAAGCAUGAACAGAAUAUCGACUGCGGAGGUGGAUAUGUCAAAGUGUUCCCAUCAGACCUGAAACAGGAGGAGAUGCAUGGAGACUCCGUCUACAACAUUAUGUUUGGUCCUGAUAUUUGUGGCCCCGGCACAAAGAAAGUCCAUGUGAUCUUCAACUACAAGGGAAAGAACCAUCUGGUUAACAAAGACAUCAGGUGCAAGGAUGACGAAUUCUCACACUUGUACACGCUGAUCGUCAACCCUGACAACACGUACGAGGUGAAGAUAGACAACAAGAAGGUCGAGUCCGGCAGCCUUGAGGAUGACUGGGACUUCCUGCCGCCCAAAAAGGUUAAGGACCCCGAAGCCAAGAAGCCAGAAGACUGGGAUGACAGAGAGAAGAUCCCCGAUCCUGAUGAUACCAAACCAGAGGGCUGGGACAAGCCUGAGAACAUUCCAGAUCCCGAUGCCAAGAAACCAGAUGAUUGGGAUGAUGAAAUGGACGGAGAGUGGGAGCCUCCCAUGAUCGCUAACCCGGAGUACAAGGGUGAAUGGAAGCCCAAAGAGAUCAACAACCCUGCCUACAAGGGCAAGUGGGUCCACCCUGAGAUUGACAACCCGGAAUAUACUGCAGAUUCUGAGAUUUACAAAUAUGACAGCAUUGGUGUGAUCGGACUGGACUUAUGGCAGGUCAAGUCAGGCACCAUCUUUGACAAUUUCCUGAUCACCAACGACCCCAAACUGGCUGAGGAAGUCGGCAACGACACAUGGGGCAAAACUAAGGAUGCUGAGAAGAAGAUGAAGGAUAGCCAGGAUGAGGAGGAGAGAAAGAAGCGCGAGGAAGAAGACAAGCAGAGGAGAGAUGAAGAAAAGGAUGAGGAUGAUGAGGAAAAAGAUGAAGAGAAGGAGGAGGAUGAUGGAGAGGAAGAGGAGGAAGAUGAGGAGGAGGAGGAGGAGGAUGAGGAGGGAGAAGAGGACACAGAGUCCCCCCUUAAGGAUGAGUUAUAAUAUAUACCAUUUCAAGGCAAGGAGCAGUUUCUAAAGAACAGACUGUCUAUGAACCACUGGAAGCAGGCUGUAGAAGACUCGCCCAGUGGGAGGAGUUUUGUUUGUUUACAAUUUAGCGUCAAAAUAUCAUGAUUGGAAUUCGAGAUAGCAGAGGUUUUCAAAGUGUUACAAACAAUCUGUGCCCGGUCUCUAUUACAAAAAAUCAUGUCUUAAGUUAAGUUAACUUAAGUUAACAGAUUUGAAAGGCUGUUUAAAAAAAGCUGCUGUGUUUCCCAGGGGAUGCCUGUUUCACACUUUGAAAACCGCUGCUCUAUAUAAUUACUUGUGUUAACCUAAUAAUAAUAAUAAUAAUAAUAAUAAUGACGAUGGUAAUAGAAAUAAGAUUACAAAUGAAGAUGUCGUCAUGAAUGUCAAGACUAGAAAAUCCAACCAUAUUUCAGAUUGUUUUUUUUUUUGUUUGUUUGUUUUUGUUUUUUUGCAGUUUCUACCCUCCCGAAAUGUGUAAGGAGUUGUUUGCGUGUGUGUGUGUAUUGUCAUAACUUGGGCUGUUAGGGAAUAUACAGGGUUAUUUAAAAAGAAUGAACGGAUUUCGUGAUGCACGGCUUCAUGUCUCAAGCAUGAUCAUGGAAUGGAUCAGUAACCAUUUGAAAGAGUUUUGGAAAACAUAAACAUGGAAUUACUACAGCAAUCAAGCCAGUGGAUGGUGAUAAAUGUAUACACGUCUGGAAGGAAUUCUCUUAUUGCGUUGAUGUUGCCAGUGCUGCACGUGAUGGCCACAUUGAACGCUUUAAGACAGGAAAUAACACUUGACUGCUGAUUCAUUCUUUUUGAAUAAUACUGUGUGAUGUUGACACAUAUUUGCCUAGUGGAGGCUUUUGUUUGUAAAAUAUUUGAUUUCUUAUGUAUUCCUUGUCUUGUAAUGCUGUUUUUUUUUCAUGCUUUUGUCAGUCCCCAAUGUCAAAGCCCACUCAAAAUGGUUUAUAGUAGAAAUGAUCUCAACUAAAUUUGGGCAUUGGAACCUCUCCAGUCAAAUGCUGUUAAAGUCAACUUGCCUAUUUUUGCACUGUACAGUUACAUUUGUGCACAUAUAGUGUCAGUGUAGUGAUUGAAUGGAUUUAUGAAGCACUCCGGUAGCAGGAACGCUUUUUAGGCUUACCACUCAUUGUUUGGUGUGUACACAAUUCAACUGUCCUCAGUACCCAGAAUGCCUAAAAAGGAUAAGCGCUAAUCUUUUUUUUGUUUUUGUAAGACAUUUUGUACUAAUACUGGUGGUAAAAUGAACGUUCAAAGAUUUGUCAUUGCAGUGCAAAAUAAAAAAAAGACAGUUCUGUCCCAAUAAAAAAACAGAGGAA